GGAUCAUAUUAUCAUGGGAGUUAAAUUUAGAUUGGAGAUUGGAUUGAGUGAUGGGUUUUAAUGCGACUCUUAAGUAAUAUAUAUGGGUGGAUAUAAAAAUGGUUAAAAGAUAGGUAGAUGGAAUAUUCUAUUUAGAGGGCAAUAUUGCGCGAUUUUAGAUAAAUGUAAACUUUAAUAUAAGUUGAUUUAUAUUGGAGGUGGAUUUCUAUGACG